CAGAAGGACUUUGUCACAUAUUCUGACAAAAAUAAUGUCCCUCCACCUGAUUUGUGCAGCCCUGCUGGGCUUAGGCUCAUAUUACGUGGAAACAACAGGGAACAUCUCUUACCCAAAAACUCUACCAUGCGAUGUUAGCGAGGUCGACAAUGGGACUGCGGUGAAAGUGGAUUGCACUGAAAGGUAUCUCAAGGAAGUUCCCAUCGCCAUCCCAGGAGAGACUACCAAUCUGACUCUCACCAUCAACCAUAUUCCAAACUUGAACUCGACCUCCUUUCAGGGUCUUGACAACCUAACAGAAAUUGACAUGAGGUGCAACUGUGUACCCAUCAAAAUCGGCCCAAAGGACAACAUGUGCACAAAGAGUUUGACAAUUAAGGAGGAUACCUUUACUGCACUAAGGAAUUUGCGAGCACUCUAUCUAGAUGGGAAUCAACUUGACAGCAUUCCUAGAGGCUUGCCAUCAAAUCUUGUCCUAUUGAGUUUGGAAGUAAAUCAUAUUUUCCACAUUUCUAAUGAAAAUCUUUCGGAGAUCCAACAUGUUCAGGUACUUUACUUGGGACAAAACUGCUAUUAUCGCAACCCCUGUAAUGUUUCUUACUAUAUAGAAGACGGUUCAUUCUCAAAAAUGGAAAACUUAUCAAUAUUGUCUCUUAAGUCAAACAACUUAUCCUUUAUUCCACAUAGAUUGCCUGCAAGUCUAAAAGAGUUAUAUCUAUACAAUAACAACAUUCAAAAGAUCUCUGAUCAGGAUUUUGAAAACUUGACAAACCUUGAGAUUUUAGAUAUUAGUGGAAAUUGUCCACGGUGUUACAACGCCCCUUUUCCAUGCACCCCGUGCCCAAACAACAGUCCACUACAAAUCAGUAAGGGAGCUUUUAAAUUGUUGACAAAACUGAAAACAUUACGUUUGCACAGUAACUCCCUGACAUCCGUGCUGCCUGAAUGGUUUACUAGUCCAAAGGAUUUGAGAGUGCUUGACCUCUCAUCAAACUUUUUAGCCAGAGAUAUUGGAUCCACCACCUUUCCUCUGUCCUUGGGCAAGCUAGAAGAAUUGGACCUGUCUUUUAACUACGAGCUCCAGAGGUAUCCUGAAACUCUGAGACUGAGCGACAGUUUUGCCUCCCUCAAGUCUCUCAAAAUUCUCAGGAUAAAAGGCUAUGUGUUUCAGCAACUAAAGCCAGAGAGCAUCGCUCCUUUAAAACCUCUACUAAAUUUAGAGGUUGUAGAUCUUGGCACGAACUUUAUCAAAAUGGCUAACCUCAGCAUUCUGAUGGAGUUAAAAAGCUUUCAAAUAAUCAGCUUAUCUGAUAACAAAAUAUCUUCCCCUUCUGAUUCUCAAAAUGUGUUUAGUUUUAAUGGUGGUGAGCCCAUGCAAUGGUCCCCCAUGUCAGCUGCUGAUCAGUUCAAAAACAAGGAAGUGAGAGAGAUUCAUUACUUCAGAUAUGAUGAAUAUGCUCGCAGCUGUAAAUAUAAAGAUAAGGAACUUGGAAUCGUUACUUUAUUUGUCAAGAAGGAAUGCAGCAAGUUCGGCAAAACAUUAGAUGUGAGCAGAAACAACAUAUUUUUUUUGCAUUCAAGGUUUUUAAAUCUUAAGGAGUUAAGGUGCCUCAAUCUAUCUGGAAAUGCAAUGAGCCAAAGCCUGAAUGGAACUGAGUUUAGCAAUCUGACUAAUUUGCAGUACCUGGACUUCUCAUCAAAUCGGCUGGACCUACUUUACUUCACUGCAUUCAAAGAGCUAAAAAAUCUAGUCAUAUUGGAUAUAAGUAAAAAUAAUCAUUACUUUGAGUCAGAGGGGUUGACUCAUAUGCUCAAUUUUACUAAGAAUUUACCAAAACUCAAAAUACUCUUGAUGAAUCACAAUAAGAUUUCUACUUCCACCAACACAGAAAUGGAAAGUGAAUCUUUAGAGAGGUUAGAGUUCAGAGGAAAUAGGCUGGAUAUGCUAUGGAGAGAUGGAGACACAAGGUACAUCAACUACUUCAAAAAGUUGGUUAAUCUGAGAGUGCUUGACAUCUCUUCAAACAACCUUCGAUCAGUUCAACGAGAAGUCUUCAGAGGAUUGCCAGACAAGCUUUCUGAUCUCUACAUUAAAAAGAACAAAUUGUCCUUUUUUGCAUGGGGGGAACUCCAACUUUUGCACGAUCUAAAAGUAUUAGACCUCAGUGGAAAUUACCUUACCUCUGUGCCAAGAAUGCUGUCAAACUGUACCUCAUCACUUGAGAAACUUAUUUUACAUGACAACAAAAUCAAAAAACUUACACCCAAUUUCCUCCAAGAUGCUUUUAAUUUAAAAUAUCUGGAUCUUAGCUAUAAUCUUAUAAGGUACAUUGAGCAAUCCAGCUUCCAUGAUGAAGUCAUUAAGCAAAUGGACAUGUUGCUUCUGCACAAAAACAAUUACAUGUGCACAUGUAAUGCCUCGUGGUUCAUCACUUGGCUAAACAAGACUAACGUAACCAUCCCCCGCCUGGGAAUAGAUGUUAGCUGUGCUUCUCCUGGAGUACAGAAAGGUCAUCUUGUGGUCUCAGUGGACCUACAGGCCUGCCAGCACUCCCUCAUGUCAAUCAUCCUUUACACUCUCAUGACCUCCCUACUCCUUGGCUUUCUUACUCUGUCCAUCUCUAGUCAUCUCUUCCUAUGGGAUGUCUGGUACAUUUAUCACUUCUGCAGGGCCAAGCUCAAGGGUUAUUUACGCCUGCAUUCUCAAAAUGAAGUCUACGACGCCUUUGUGAUGUAUGACAAAAAUGAUCCUGCAGUAUCAGAGUGGGUGAUGAAGGAGAUGUGCCCUCAUUUAGAGGAACACGGAGACCACCGAUUGACCCUGUGUUUGGAGGAGCGAGACUGGGUCCCUGGUUGUCCACUGAUUGACAACCUCUCGCAGAGCAUCCACAAGAGCAAAAGAACUGUAUUCAUUCUGACAAAACAAUACAUCAAAGAGGGUCAUUUUAGGACAGCAUUCUACAUGGCCCAUCAAAGACUAAUGGAUGAAAAAAAUGAUGUCAUCAUUUUGAUUUUUUUACAAAAGGUGUCUUGCAAUUCAAGGUAUCUCCGCUUACGAAAAAGACUGUACAAGCGGUCUGUGCUCGAGUGGCCAACAAACCCUCAGGCACAACCAUACUUCUGGUUCAGACUCAGGAGUGUAUUAGCUACUGAGAGCCACAAACAAUAUAGCAAUCUCUUCAAAGAAAUUCUCUGA